UCUAUCAAAAAUUACUUUAAAAAAAACGUACAAACCCUCUAGAAGCAUAUUAUGAUUCACAAAUUAAUUGUAUUAUGCCCCUGCAAAUGAAAUUAAAGGGGUAUACUGGACAUAAUUUGUCCAGAGUAUAUCUUUAACAACUGUGAACAUUUGAAUAAUGAAGUUGUGCACAUAAUGAACAAGUGCGUAAAUUUUGAUAGAAACAACCUUUUCACCACUGUAAUUUUUCCUAUGGGAGAAAUAUUUCUUUUUGACCAUUGGGUUAUUUCUUUCUGGAUAGCUGUAAGCCUGUUAUCAAAAUUAAGCUUUUCCAUGUUCUUAAGGUUUAAUGCCCAAAACUGUGAAUGGUCCUGUUGUCCAUUGUAAUCCAGUAUCACUACAAAAAGACAUCAUUGACGAGAUAAAUGCAGCCAAGGAAGAUAGCAGAUACUCUUGUUUGUUGGCUUAUUUCGAUAGCUCUACGGGUGUGAUUCCUAUAGUGAGAAAGCUUCCGUUCAGCCUCCAGGAAAAGUGAACAAAUGUAGCGGUGAAAUACAUGAAGGAUCAUUGUGUAUCAUUCCCACCUUUUACAGUCUUCGCAGACUUUAUUCGGGAGCAGAGUCGCACAAAGAACAACCCAUCAUUCACUUACUUAAUGGAAUCUAAAAUAGACAGUCAACAGCAUGGCAAACGUGUACGUAAAAGGAAUUUGCAUGUUUCUUCCAAGAAAACGGAUAUAUCUCGGGCGGAGGAAGACAAAGAGGAAAGAAAAUAUCCCUUGCACAAUACAUUUCACUCCCUUAAUAAAUGCAAGGGCUUCGCGAUGAAAUCCUUGGAAGAAAGAAGGAAGUUCUUAAAGGACAUUUGUUUUAGAUGUUGUGAAUCACGAUCACAUAAACAAAGAGACUGUUCAGUCCCUGUGAAGUACAUCUCAUCCCACAGCACUCCAUUGUCAUUCCGCAAAAAAAACCCGAUUAGAACGAAGGCGCCAUCAUGGCGGGGAGAAGCAUGACUCUAAGGAAACUUCAGGUGUGAAAGUUGCUUGCACUAAAAUUUGUGGAAGGAACUUUGGUGGCAAGUCUUGUGCUAAAACCUUACUUGUUUGAGUAUUCCCAAAAGGACAACCCCAGCGUGCAAAACUGAUGUAUGCAGUCAUCAAUGAUCAAUCGAACCGUUCUCUUGUCAGUCCCGAGUUCUUUGAGCUGUUUAACAUACAGAGUGACUCUACUUCAUAAAAUUAAUGCUCUCAUCAUGUGGUGGAACUAUUCAGACAUCGGGAAGGAAAGCAGAAGGUUUUGUUGUUGAGUCAUACGACAGUAGCUGUAAGAUGAAUCUACCGACUUUGAUCGAAUGCAGUCAGGUUCCAAAUGUACGCGAUGAGAUUCCCACACAGGACAUUGCGUUGCAUUACAGCCAUCUUCGUGAUGUAGCAAGAUUCAUUCCUCCACUCGAUCAUGAUGCGGACAUUAUUUUGCUCCUGGGAAGAGACAUUAUCCAGGCUCACCAUGUCCUUGAUCAACGCAUUGGUUAUGGUAACCAACCUUACGCACAGAAACUUCAUCUUGGGUGGGCCAUAAUAGGUGAAACUUGUUUAGGCAAGACUCAUGCACCAGCAGUGGUCAACACAUACAAAACCCACUUACUAGGAUCUGUACAAAUGAGUUCAGGAUUUGUGAGGAUUCUAACUGCCAUUAUGGUUUCAGCAACAGAAACGCAGCAACACAUCUUAACAAUGAAGACUUUGGCAAGAAUGUUUUUCAGAGGACAAAGGACGAUGAAAAACCAGGCAUGUCUGUAGAUGAUCGUGAAUUCCUUCAAAUCAUGCACGAAAGCCUUCAGAAGGACAACACUGGAAACUGGGUUGUCCCUCUACCCUUUCGCCAACAACGAUUGAAACUUCCGAACAACAGAUCACUCGCUCUUAGAAGAGCCAAAGCAUUAGAGGUCAAUCUUCAGAAAAAUCCAAAUAAGAAAGAACAUUUUCUUGCAUUCAUGGACGGAAUCUUGAAAAAUGGCCAUGCAGAGGUUGCACCACCAAUAUCAGAACAAAAAGAAUGUUGGUUUCUUCCCAUAUUUGACAUAUAUCACCCCAAAAAGCCUGAUCAACUACGAGCUGUGUUUGACUCUUCAGCUAAAUAUGGAGGAUUAUCUUUAAAUGAUGUUCUUCUAACUGGGCCAGAUCUUACCUAUAGUCUGCUAGGAGUCUUGUUGAGAUUUUGCAAGGAAUCAGUCGCAAUCAUGGGCGACAUCCAGCAGAUGUUUUACUGCUUUAAGGUACGCGAGGACCAUCGAAACUUCCUAAGGUUCUUUUGGUAUGAAGAGAAUGAUCCAAACAGAACAAUGAUAGAAUUCAGAAUGACGGUUCAUGUGUUCGGAAAUAGCCCGUCACCGUCAAUUGCCACUUAUGGUCUCCGCAAGACAGCAGCAGUUGCUGAGCCAGAAUUUGGGAAGGAUGUAACUGAUUUUGUAGAGAACAAUUUCUACGUCGAUGAUGGUCUGUUAUCUCUUCCUACUGUCCCACAAGCUAUUGACCUGAUGAAGAGAACACAACAAGUUCUCCAGUCACAAGGCAACUUGCGAUUACAUAAGAUAGCCUCUAACCACAAAGACGUGCUGAACGCCUUUCCAGCAGAUGAUUUAGCUAAAGGUAUGAAGGAACUUGAAUUUGGAAAGGACUCUCUUCCGAACCAACGUAGUCUAGGACUCAACUGGAACUUGGAAUCUGAUGUAUUUUUCUUUCAAGUCGCUACGGGAGACAAACCUUACACGAAAAGAGGAGUAUUAUCUACGAUAAACAGCAUAUUCGACCCCACUGGGUUUCUUGCUCCUGUUGUGCUUGAAGGAAAGAGUCUCCUGAGACACCUGGUAUGUGGCGCGGUCUACUGGGAUGAAACGUUACCAGCAGAACAAAUGGAUGACUGGAAACGCUGGAAGGAGUCAUUAGUUCAUCUAGAGGAUAUCAAAAUACCACGUACAUACCUACCUGGUUCCCUGUCAAACUAUAAAGAGAAAUCGGUUCAUAUCUUCUGUGAUGCGUCUGAACUUGCAAUUGCCGCAGUUGGCUACCUGAAGACAACUUCUCAGAAAGAUGAAUGCAACGUCGGUUUCGUCAUGGGAAGAGGAAAACUUGCUCCACCUCAUGGACACACAAUUCCGCGACUGGAAUUGUGUGCAGCGGUAUUGGCUGUGGAACUAGCUUGUUCCAUCUCAGAUCACCUUUCAAUUCCGAUUGAUGAAUUCAGUAUGUAUUCUGACAGUCGUGUGGUCCUUGGAUACAUUUAUAACACAUCAAGACGAUUUUACACUUACGUAACCAAUCGUGUGUCAUUCAUUCAGAAAAUGACUAAACCGGUCCAGUGGUCAUUUGUUCCAACGGAAAGGAAUCCUGCAGAUCAGGCUACUCGUGCUUUACCAGCACAAGACUUGAAAGAUAGCGCUUGGAUAAAAGGACCAGCUUAUUUUGUAGAACAAACUCAACCCAUCAAUGAAACAUUUGAAAUCAUUGACCCGGAGAACGACAAGGAAGUGAGAUCAGUUGUCAUCUCCAAUAAAACAUGUGUGACCGCUCCGUCAUUGGGAUCUGACAGAUUCUCUAGGUUCUCAACUUGGAAGAAUCUCAUAGAAACUUUCUCUUUGCUGAAACACAUUGCAGAAUCAUUCCAUCGCAACAGUGAUUGUGCGGGGUGGCAUGUGUGUUCCAAAUCCAAAACUGUUGAUGCCUUUCAGCAAGCAGAGUUGAUGAUCAUCAAGGUAGUUCAACGAGAGUUUUACUUUGAAAAAUAUGAAUCUCUAGAUCAUGGCGAACCUUUACUGAAGUCAAGUACCUUACUGUCUCUUGAUGUUUUCCUUGAUGACGAAGGCAUACUGAGAGUUGGAGGAAGGUUGAACAGGAGCAAGAUUCCUCGCGAUGUCAGAAACCCAGUCAUCAUUCCAGGCCGACAUCACAUCGCUCUGCUUCUUGUCAGACAUUUCCAUUCUCUUGCUAAACAUCAGGGUAGACACAUAACCUCUGGAACUAUGCGAAACGCCGGGUUUUGGAUCAUUGGAGGCAAACGUUUGAUCUCGUCUGUCAUCCAUAAGUGUGUUAAGUGUAGGAAACUACGUGGACAGAUGGAGCACCAGAAGAUGGCUGAUCUGCCACCCGAACGUGUAGAGCCAAGCCCUCCGUUCACUUAUGUAGGCCUUGACACUUUCGGUCCUUGGGAAGUGGUCACUCGGAGAACAAGAGGUGGAGCUGCACGUGCAAAACGUUGGGCCAUACUCUUUACCUGUCUGGCAACUAGAGGUAUCCAUAUCGAGGUGGUAGAAGACAUGAGUUCAUCUGCAUUUAUUAAUGCAUUGAAGCGUUUCAUUGCAAUCCGUGGCAAGGUUGUACAAGUUCGUUCGGAUAGGGGAACAAAUUUUGUGGGUGCAACAGAAGAUCUCCAAAUCGACACCAUAAACGUGGAAGAUGGACCUGUGAAGAACUUCUUGUAUAACAAUGGAACAACUUGGCUAUUCAACCCACCACAUUCCUCCCACAUGGGAGGUGUGUGGGAGCGCUUGAUUGGAGUAACGAGAAGGAUUCUUGAUGCAAUGCUAUCAGAGAUACUCCCUGGUUCCUUGACACAUGAGGUUCUUACAACAUUUCUUGCAGAGGCAUCUGCAAUAGUGAACUCACUACCUCUCGUAUCGUUAUCGACCGAACCUGAAAACCCUCUACCUUUGAGUCCAUCCAUGAUGCUUACUCAAAAACCAGCCAUGAAGAGUAUCAGUUUGCCAACAGUAGAUGAGAAGAACAUGUACCGUGCACAAUGGAAACGUGUCCAACACCUCGCCGAAGUGUUCUGGAGAAGAUGGAAAUCACAAUACCUAGACACUCUACAGAGUUAUCGAAAAUGGAAAUACGAUCGGCGUAACCUUUCAGAGGGAGAUGUGGUUCUGAUGAGAGACAAUUCAGUUGCAUGCAACUAUUGGCCAAUGGGUAUCAUCACCAAAGUCUUCCCUAGUAGUGAUGGCAAGGUUAGGAAGGUAGAGGUCCGAGUAGUGUAUCGUGAAGGUGGAUCAUCGGUGUUCACGCGUCCUGUGACCGAAGUUGUGCUUUUGUUGUCUGACGAUUAGGCCAACUCUACUCUUACAUGUAUCUUCACAUUUUAUGGCUGUGACUGUGUAGUUGAAAUAGCAAUUUAGAAGUGAUGUCAAAUAACAUCAGGCGAGGAGUGUGCCGUCCCGGCAAGAGUUAUCUUUUGACUUCUCUUAUAUUGAGUUAUCUCUCUUUGGAUAUUGUGUAGUUAUGAACCGCCAUAUUUUUUGGUUACACGUUUUUCUGACCUCGUGUUCAAUAUCGCAAAUUGUGGCCCAUCACAGUGUAAGUAGUUGAAUAUUCAGUUUUAUCUAGUCAUAGUAUUAACUGGAAAGUUUGUAUUGUACAUUUUGUAUGUAGUAGCUUAUCUAGGUGGACAAUUAAGUGACCGUGCUGAAUGUACGAUGUACCACGUGUUUCACAUAUUGAACGUUUGCUAUCAUUUUGUAAAAUGAGUAGUUAUGUGAUGCAAGAAUUAUUUUCUAUGAGUUUGGUAUUGUGUUCUGCACUGUAAUCAAAGACAAUAGUAUAAAUUUUGGAAUUGCUAGUAAAUUAGAAUGUGGCCUUGUUCAAAAUUUAAAACUAUGGAAAACAGUUUGUGCCAUAAUUCAUUCUUUAAUUAUGUUGUGUGUCUAUUUAUGGAACGUAUGUUUGGGCAUCAAUUGUAAUUGAACUUUUUGUAUCUUUUAUUGUGUUAUCAUAAUAAAUUCAACUGAAACACUUUGAUCUGGUUAACUUACUGACGUUGGGGCAGUACAGUAUUCAUAUACCCUAAUAUAUCAAGUGCUAGAGAUGUACUCACGCCAGUAACGUUCGCUUCGAAUUCUUCUUCCAACAGAAAAUAUCACUUCUCCAAUGUACCAUGCACAUAAUUUGCUACUUCAAAUGCUCCAAACAGUCGUUGAUAUGUUCACAAUAAUUUAUAGUCCGGUAGACACACACAAACUCGUUAACUUGGCACCUCUCACUCAGCGUGUCCACCCGUGAACGGCGCCAUUUUUGGAAUUCAGUUUUGCUUUAUCUUUAUCACCUUGUCUUUUGGGAGAGAAAGGGUCAUUGUUUCUGAGUUUACAGUGAAUCCCAGAAAUUCCGUUACAUGUGUAGGGACUAGAACCGACUUCUUCUGAUUGAUUAAAACCCCCAGAUUUUCUAAGAGGUAAACAGCUGUCGACUGAUCUGAUUGAAUGCCCGAGAGAGAUUGGUUCAUAAUCAGAAUGUCGUCUAGAUAAAUCACCAGACGUAUACCUAGAUGACGUAAAAUUGCAAUGGAAAUUUUCAUUAUCUUUGUAAACACACGCGGUGCUAUUGCAAUCCCGAAUGGAAGGGAGGUAAACUCCAUUAUUUUGUUCCUCCAAAAAAAUUUCCGAUAUUUUCGGAAUUCCUCUGCCACAUUUAAUGUCAAAUACGCAUCCUUUAGAUCUAGUUUUACUAACCAAUCUCCCUCAUCCAUAAGAUCUCUUAACAACUGUACCCCUUCCAUUUUGAAAUGUUCGUAAGGGAGAAAACUGUUCAAAUUUCUUAGAUUUAUUACAGGUCUUAAUUCUCCCCCCUUCUUGGGUACCAAGAAUACGUUGCUGUAGAAUGAAUCGCUUGUGGGAGUUGUCUCCCGUACCGCAUGUUUUAACACUAAACUUUCUAUCUCGGAAUCUAUCAAAGUCUGAUCCGCUGCUUUGGAUUUUGAAGGAACAGGAAUUCGCUUCUGAUAAGGGUUUGAAAUUAAUGGAAGUUCUAUCCCUUUGACUGAUCCAAGGAUCCCGUGUACGCGGGUACGUUAAGGCAGGUUAUGAAAAUUUUUACUGGGAUAAAAUCCGCGAAACAAUGUGACGUCAUAAUUGAAAUAAGUAUAUCACUAAGUAUAUAUUAAAUUCCGAUUUUAUUUUUUAUUUAAGUUUUAUUUAUGCAUAAAAUAAACCAUGCAGCUACCAAGAUCCCACGAAAUUCGAAAUGCUAUACUGCUGUUGUGUAAUUUCUGUCUGAUCGAUAUGAAAGUAAACUGAUGACGUCAUGACUAUACAUCGAGUGACGUUGACACAUGCAAGGAAUUUGUUUAUGUGUGCCAUGCAAAUAUCGACAAAAUGUACAGUAUUUGAAAUAUAUGACAUGGGAUAUAUGGAAUAUAUAUGUGAAACGCUGAGAAUUUAUUGAUAUUAAGAAGGUAUGUUGAUAUCAUUCAUUGACAACUUUGUUUAACGGAAAAAACAUUCCAUUUAGCAUGUCGAUCCGAUUUCCUCUGUCACAGACUGAAAUAAAACUGCAAAAGUAGCACAUUAGCCCGCAUACUUUUAGAGACUUUUUAUACACCGUUUGAAAGGUCAUAAACUAAUGUACACGGCAAUUACUGAUAGAAUCCUCUGUUAAGAAAACUUUUAAAGAAAACUACAUAGCAUCAUGCAAAAUGUAAAACAUGAGCUAGAUGGUUUCGUGUUUAAAUGUUCAAUAAUUAUUUCUUAUUGAAAGUGGUAGGAUUCUAUCAGUAAUUCUGAUAUACUAUGAGUAUUUUACCGUCAUUAUCGCCAGUUAGACCAAUAUUUGAAUCUUGGGAUAAUGUGUUACUUUUACAUUUUCUAUUAAGGUACCUCCAUGAUCUAUUUAUAACAGUCAUGCAAUGACGUCAUACGGAAGCGCAUGUUUGUCAUGUUGUUAUGAUAUAAAAUGUUCUCAUGUAAACAACCAAAAUAGUUUUUAAGAGUUAGUAGCUCCCUCUCUCUAUGUAAGACAUAUUUUAAAACUUAUGCAGUUUACGUGCAUAAAUGAAGCAUGACCUGCCUUAACAUACCCGCGUAAUUACUUUCCAGUUCUGAAAGAAAAAUUUCACUCGUCCCCCUACAGGCACUGAUUGAGGAAUUACCACCGCAUUUGGGAACAGAAAUUUUGAUAGAUUCCGAUCGAUCUCUGAUAAUUCUAUCUGUUUGUGACUCACAUGAUUCAUUGAGUGUUUGGUUUCUUGGGAGGCCCUGUAUAUUUUUGAUUUGCUCCCUGACCCUUGUACUGUGGGUACUGUGGGUAUCUCUGACUCUGAUUGAACUGCCUCCUGUCUUGUCUGUCUGCGACCCCCAUACUGGAGGCUUGAUGAGGGUCUCUGAAGAAAAAACUGGCGGUUUCUAUCAGAAAAUUGUUUUGUUUGUGACCAAGAUUUUUUCUCAUUGCCAUUAGUCAAAAGCUGUUUUAAUUCUCUGUUAUCUUUGGCUAAUUGUUUGAGAAAACGCUUCCCAAAUAAAUAAUUUUUACAUUUUCCCAAUGAUUUUUUGUACUUUUUGUCGGAAAGUAUAUCUACUGUCUCAGGCAUUGUUUUAGCUAAUACUGCCUUACGCCUAUCAGUAUUGAAAAGGAAAUGAGCAUUUCCAACAAACACAAUCGCCCUUUGGACGAACUGAAUAACAUCAGAGGGGUCCAUGCCUUUGCCCGUUUUGCUUAUUCGCUCUGCCUCACUCCAUAAAACAGAAAGUAGCCAUAAAGCAUCUAGAAUUCUCAUCUGGGUAUUCAUUUUAUUUUUCUCCAAUUUACCGUUCCAUUUUUUCCCCUUGAAAUAUAAUUUCUUGAAAAAUCUAUCCAAAGACAAACCCUGAAGCUUUUUUGAACUAGGUAUUGGACAAUUCUUUGCAAUAUUUUGUCUGCUCUUUUUAUUGAUUCCUUUUGUUGCAUACGUAGCAACAAAAUUUAGUUGGUUUUUUUUUUUUAGAGAUUUUUGUUUUUGACUUUGUGGUGUCAGCACAUGAAAACAAAUCAGAAUCUGAGUCAGAUUCGGAACUAGAGCUUGAGGAGCUAGAACUAGAGGAGCUGGAACUUGAACUUGAAUUACGAGAGGAACUGCUUUUUUUACGUUUCUUAGAGCUCGAGCGUGUUCUAUUAGAAACAUCGCCAGACUUACUUUUUUCAUUCCGAAUUUGCUCCAACGACCACUGCCGCCGAUAAUCAUCCUCUGUUUUGUCCGCUACAGACAGGUCCAGGCAAAUCACUAUAUUUAGCUAUAUAUCUAUUUUUAGCUAUCUAGGUAUUUAAACCUAUCACAAAUAGCUAUAUCGACGUAUUGUCUAAUAUCACGUGCGGGUUUUUUGAGCGUUGGAAGAAUCACGGGAGAAUCGCAACAUGGUAAGAUAUUUUUUAAUACUCUAUAUCGUUCCGGACCAACACAACAAAUAUAAACACUUAUAAGAACCGCAUUUGGAUAAUCUAGGUCGUUAAGCUUUGGUUGUCGAUGUAAAUCUAUCGACUAAACUAUCAUCAUGAGAUGAAAACAGAAAAAACAAUAGAGGAAAAGAGGUAAAAACUUACCAACCGCUUUGAUAAUUUCUUGGGGGAAUGUCUGCUCCGGAUAUGAAAUUCGAACUCUAACACAAAGAGUCGGAAGAGGGCGAAUCUGCAUCUUCCAGGACAAUUUCUAUGGAAGCAUAGAAUGCGUUAAAAAUACAUAAUUUUAUUUUGAUGACAAUAAAAGACAUAACAAAAUAUUUUGGUCGCAUUAAAUUUUAUAUAUAUUUUAUAAUAUAGAUAUUUAGAAAUACAUCAAGGUGCAUUGUUUUCCGACAAUAAACCCCAUUAUUUUGUUAAUCGUGUGCAUGGAUGGGUUGUUUUUUUUUAAAGCAGUUAUAUAAAUCGGUACAUGUAUUAAUAUUUUACAGAGCAGUGAAUUGUAUGAAUUUGAUAAAAAGAAAUGCAAUUACGGGAAAAACACAAAGGGACAGGAGAAGAGGGGAAAGCCAAAAAGUGGAGCGACAGGGUCAAAUUAUGUUGACGAUGGGCAUAAGAGAGCCCAAUGUCUCUAUCAGAGAAAAAACACUUUGUUUAAAAAAGUAAAAGAAAUAAACACCACCACCAACGCAGAAGUCAUGGUUAUGAUAAAACCUAAAAGUGGGAAAAGUCUUCAUUGGUGCACCCCAUAUUUUCAAGAGGUCUGCGAAUCCGUCAACUCUUCUUCUUCUCAAAUUAUCACACAGACUUCUACAUCUAACACUUCUUCUGCGCCCAUUCAUUCUGAUUCUGAUAAUGACUGCAAUUCUCCAUCUCCCUCUUCGCACAAUACAUGUAACUAUCCAUCUCCGCAACCAUCUACUUCUUUUUCUUCACCACCUCCUUCUAAAAGACGGAGAACCACCACUACUGCAUCAACAUCGGGUCCACCAGAAAAAAUAAAGUCAUUCAACAAGAGCACACAGACAUCCGCAAUAACUGGGAUUGAAAAACAGUGCAACGUGUGUCUUUCUGCCGAAGAGAACGGCUACUGGGUCGGAUGUGAUAAUAAGUAAAAAAAAAAGUGCAACUACUGGGUACACGACAGGUGUUUGGGAUUCUCUUUCAAGACCAAAGCUGGUCUGAAAAAAGUGGUCUAUAAGUGUCCUGCCCAUAUGUGACAAAGUGAAUAAAAUAUUAGUAAAAAUGAAAUUAAAA